AUGGGGUCUCAACUUCACCGGUGCGUUAAACCCUUUUCAACCCUUCUUCUCCCUUUGUCGAAAAACCUCAGCUUUCGGACCAGAGCUACCGGAAAAACCGCUCGCAUCGCUGAUGGUUUCGUUGUUCUGGACCAGGCCAAAGUUCUCUUUACCGUUACCUGUGCUUCUUCUACGUUUCAACCGUUUUGCAGAACCAAAAGCUCUUAUCUUUCUUCAACCCUUCUUCUCCCUUUGUCGAAAAACCUCAGCUUUCGGACCGGAGCUACCGGAAACAGCCGAGAUUGCACUUUUGCUCGGUUUAUGAAACAGAAUCGCCUUGGAUUGAGGAAGCUUUCGCCAGCUGGAGAAGGAGGAGAAGGUGUCGCAGUCGCAGAGGAGCAACCGCAAGAGAUUGUCUUUGUGCCUGUCUCUCUUUCAGACAUGCUCACCAUGUUUUUUCAGGCUGAUCGAACUUUGAACGAAGCAGCUAUUCCUAAUGUGACAAGGGCCUUACAGUUUGGUGUGAGCAAUGAGAAGGCCAACACCAGUCGCUCAAUCACUUUGAUGUGCUCUGCAAAGGGAUGGUCUCUUACUACAAUGGCAACACAUUCAGUUUCUACAUUUAGUUUCAGACCGUCGAAAGGGGAUUUAUCACAUAAGUUACAACGGUGCAGUGGCAGGCAGGUUUCCUUUGUCAAGAAGACAGUGAUGGAGAUCUGUGGGAACGUUGACAUAGACAGUCUUUUGUGUCAAUACAUGACGACGAAUAUUGAUUCAAAAAGCGUUUGCAUUGUUGUGUGUUUUGGAGGAGUCAAUCACAGAAGAUACAUAAUGACGUUUCAGAGCUUUAAAAAUUCGAAAAGCUUUCUUGUCUCUGUGGCACCGAUGGCGACGCAAGGGCGGCCACAAUUGGGGUGUUUGGCAAAGUUACAUGUUGUUGCAGGUUUCGAAGAGUUUACGCACAUAAGUUGCAGGUUGUUGCAUCAAGAGCUUUUUAUCCGUUGA